GUCUUUUUUCCCCUCGUCUCGUCUCCUCCUCCUCCGCUUCCAACGGAACGCCAAAAGGUCAUUCGAAGUUUGACCUCUGUUCGAGGCGUAAUUGCAGCAAUUCUUGGACUUCGUUGCUCGCGGCAGCUUUCCACGGCAUCCCCGUCGCGCCAUUCAUGGGUUGAUUAUAGAGGGGAUAGUGUGUGAUAUGGAGAUGCAGCAAUCGUGGAGGAUGAGAUUCUCCUUCAGGAACGCGACCCUGUUCGUCUGCUUCCUCAACGUCGUCGCUGCUCUCUUCUUGCUUCAGGGCUUCUUCAGCUCUUCCUCUGCUUCCUCGCGAUCGGCUCGAUCUAAUUCUGCCAUGCUCCGGUAUAUACAGGAAUGCGAAGAAAUUCGUCUUUCUAUGCAGCCGCUGGAAUUGAUAAAAAGAGUGAAAGAAAUUCAGCAAGAAACUUAUGCUGAACCUGAAACAGUCCAGCCAAAGCAGACUGCUGCUCUUGAUCUUUCCAAACGGUUAAAGGAUUUCCGUUCACUUAAUGAUGCUGCUAGCGUGAAAGCUCUGGAGGAAUGGCGUAAGAGGAAGAUGGAGAGAGCAAGACAGCGAGAAUUGGAAAGGAAUGGAACUGGUGCCUUCCAAGCUUGAUGCAUAAUUCUGACCAGAGGCAAAUGUUUGUGUCGAUGCUCAUAGCCCCAUGCAAUCGCCUGUGUCGUAGUAUUUAACAUCGGUGUAUUCGAGGACUGGUUGUGUAAUACAUACUGGGUCUAAAUGUAUAUAAACAGAACAGUCCACUCAAAAUUGAGCGAUAUAUAGCGAAGACCUUCUGAUUCAAGCACCAUCUUUAUAAAUUUUACUGAUAUGGAGUAAAUUACUUGAGCAAGUUGUCAAUUCUUAUUUUAAAUCGCCAACAUCUGUCUAAGCAUAUUUUCAAUCUC